AUGGGAAUGAAGAGCACUGGAGGAGGAGGAGGUGGAGAGAUUAUACAAGUUCAAGGAGGCCACAUUGUUCGAUCCACCGGCCGCAAAGACCGCCACAGCAAGGUCUACACCGCCAAAGGCCCCCGAGACCGCCGCGUCCGGUUGUCUGCCCACACCGCCAUCCAAUUCUACGAUGUUCAAGACCGCCUCGGCUAUGACCGCCCCAGCAAAGCGGUUGACUGGCUCAUCAAGAAAGCAAAAUCCUCCAUUGACAAGCUUGCUGAGCUUCCUCCUUGGCACCCUAUCACUGGCGUUGCAGCAAACAAUGCUGAGCCCGAUCAAUCCAAUCCAAAUGAAAUGGUGAUUGCAGGAGGAGCAGAGGAAACAGAGUCCUCUGGCUACAAUUUCCACCAGCUGCAGAGGCAAAUGGGUGAGAAUAACAACCAAGCAAAUAAUGUUUCAAGCUUCAACAUUCCUCCAUCUAUAGACUCAGACACCAUAGCUGACACCAUGAAAUCAUUCUUCCCCACAAGCUCAGCAGCCACUUCAUCCAUCAAUUUCCAAAGCUACCCAGCGGAUCAUGAUCUGAUUUCAAGAACCACCAACCUAAACCCUUGCCAAGACCUUGGCCUCUCUCUCCACUCUUUCCAAGACCAAGGCCUAAACAUCCAUCACACUCACAGCCAGCAAUCCCAAGGAGACACCAACCACAACAACGAUCAGAUUCAGACCCUUUUCGCCGCCGGGGCGGGAGGAUCAACGGUGGGAUUUGACACUAGUUAUCAGAGAAUGGUGGCAUGGAGCAAUCAGAACAGAGCAGGUGAUGGUGGAUUUGUAUUCAACUCACACCCACAAGCAUUGCCACAGCAAGCAUAUGCUCAUGCUCAGGGGGGUACCCUUCAGUCCAGUUUUUCGCCAUCAGUUUCAGCUCGGGCCUGGAACGAUUCUUCUAUCUUUGGCACACAGCAGAGAACACAGCAGCAGCAGCAGCAGCCAAUGAUUCACCAUUCUUCAAUCUUUGGCACCCGCUUCGCCUCUGAUGGCGGCUUGCCAGUGUUCUGCAUCCCCACGCGUAUUGACGCUGAGGAGGCGGAUAAUGGCGGUGUUUCAGAUCGACCAUCAUCCACUUCCUCUCCCAAUUCCACCCACCAUUGA